GGGUUUCCUUGUCUCUCUUCUUGCUAGCUCUAUACCUUGAAACUUCUUGCUUCCCGUCAAAUUUGACUUUUUAAGUCGGCUAUCAAUCUAGUUGUUAGUGAUAUCCGCUACUGAAAUAAUUUCGAUCUGUUUCUCAAUACCGAAAUUCAAUGUUUUAGAUGGGUUAUAAACUAGCCUAAAUUUUAGAGAAGGUUGGUAGUUGUUCUUUGGUUUUCCUUGUGGGUUGUAUUUUGGGUAGUGGAUUCAAACUAGUCUAGAUGACUGUGGAUGAAGUGGGCAGUAGCUCUGUAUGGACUAGAGAGCAGGAUAAGGCAUUUGAGAAUGCUCUUGCAACUUAUCCUGAAGAUGCUUCUGAUCGAUGGGAGAAAAUUGUAGCUGAUAUACCUGGGAAAACUCUAGAAGAGAUUAAACAUCACUAUGAGCUUUUAGUAGAUGAUGUUAACCGCAUUGAAUCCGGUUGUGUUCCUCUGCCUAGCUAUAAUUCAUCUUCUGAUGGAUCUACAGGCAACGGUGGUGAUGAAGGAAGUGGGAAGAAAGGUGGCCACUAUGGGCAUUAUAAUAAUGAGUCCAACCAUGGAAGUAAAUCUUCAAGGUCAGAUCAGGAACGCCGUAAAGGGAUUGCUUGGACAGAGGAUGAGCACAGGUUAUUUCUUCUUGGUUUGGACAAAUAUGGUAAAGGCGAUUGGCGGAGUAUAUCUCGCAACUUUGUGGUUACCAGAACGCCAACACAAGUGGCAAGCCAUGCACAAAAAUACUUCAUCCGUUUGAACUCGAUGAACAAAGAUAGGAGGCGAUCAAGCAUUCAUGAUAUCACCAGUGUUAACAAUGGAGAGAUUUCAGCAGCCCAAGGACCAAUCACAGGUCAAACUAAUGUUUCGGCUUCAGGCGCUUCCUCUGGCAAAUCAGCGAAACAGCAACCACAACAUCCAGCUGGGCCUCCGGCUGUUGGCAUGUAUGGUACUCCUACUAUAGGUCAACCAAUAGGAGGACCACUUGUCUCAGCUGUUGGUACCCCGGUGAAUCUUCCAGCUCCAGCACACAUGGCAUAUGGCGUUAGAGCUCCAGUACCUGGAGCAGUGGUUCCUGGUGCACCAAUGAACGUUGGUGCUAUGCCAUACCCGAUGCCACACACAUCUGCUCAUAGGUGAUGUUGUGUAUUAGCUUUAAAAUGUACAAAGGAGAAGACUACUUUGCUUGUGCCAAUGUUCGUUAGUGGGUUCUCCAUCCAAAUUAGCCUGAAUAAGGUUGCUUAUUUGCAAGCACAAUUUGUCUGAUGCACAACUGUCAUUUGUUUAAAUUUUCAAUAAGCCAUAGGGAGAGAAAAUACAUGCAAUCUGUAUAGACAACUUUUUAAAAUUUAUGGGUAGGAGUAGCGGUCUAGUAUCUUUUGUCUUGAGAACUUUAAAAUUAUUAGUUGUAGAAGUAGUCAGUUCUGUUUAUUUAUUUAUUUUUUUUUUUUUGGCAGAAGCUGUAAAGAACCCUUUCUAUUUGACUAUUUUGAGUAGUAGCUUAUCUGAGCA